UCCCGUAGAUUAGCGCGAACCUGCUGCCUGAGAGUGUUUUGUCGUGCUGUACCGUUUCUUUACAUUGAUCUUUUUUUUGUAUGUGCGUCUUUGCAGCAUAACUAGAGGAUGUAGUGGAUGCCAGCAAGGGAGAGAGGAGGUCAAAGUGCAUUCUGACUGCAGACUGCAGAAAAAAAGCUGCAGAUGAGGGCAGGAUUUUGGGAUGCAUCUGGAAUUAAUAAAACGCUGCGUGUAUUUUUUUGUAAAUAUUACAUCAUCGGAAUAUUUUAGUGCUUUUGGAAGGGUGUAAGCGUUUCAGCGCUGAGCUACAACCUGACUUACACCUGAGAGCGUCAACUAAUUCUGGAGAGCAGAUGGUGUCCACCGCUCUCUGAAACGGGAAAUGGAACUAGAGCCUUGUGAGGAGUACAAAGUGGUGGACCUUCAGAUGAAAGACGCCACACUUGAGCUUGCAGACAUGGUCGGACACAGUGUGCUGCCCUGUGGUCCUGAUGAGGUAUGUGAAGAGCUGUGUACCAGCAACAAUGGGGAUGAUGAGGAAGACAGUAAGAACACUGAGACCACAUGCUCCACUGAUACUAAAGGAGAGGGUGCCGGGAUGACAAGAUGCCAAGAGCAGAGGAAGCUGAAGAAGACAAACAGCUGGAAGAUGGUGCGAUUCCAAGAUCCAUCCAUGGAGGAUGAUGUUCUGGAGAGAGACAGCUCAGUGGAGAGUCUCUUUCCAGAUUAUGCUUUGGAGGAGUGGACCAUGACCUCCUUUGAGGAGCUGUUUGUGAAGGAAGACUGGCAGGACAUAACAGAUGACCGACUGUUGAGGAAGAAGGUACUGGAGGCUGCUACCGCAGACGCCCAAAUUCCCACCUGGGGCCAGGAGGUCACCGUGAAGAUGCAGGGUGUUCUGGAGGAUCGUACAGUUGUGGAGAAGGACUGCAAGUUGGUGUUUGUUAUCGGAGAAGGAGAUGCGAGCCAGGCACUGGAGGAGUGCGUGCUAUCCAUGCACAGGGGCGAGAUCACAUUACUGCUGGCAGAUUCACAGUAUGCAUAUGGGCUUCUAGGAAGAGAGCCUGACAUCCCAGCCUGGGCUCCAUUGCUGUACCAGCUGCAGCUGCUUGACGUCAGAGACAAACCAGAUCCUUUAAAUUUGCUCGUAUCUGAUCGUAUCCGGAUUGGCAACCAGAAGCGAGAGCGAGGGAACUUUCAUUUCCAGAGGGAGGAAUACACCAUGGCUGCACGAGCAUAUUGUAUGGCUCUGGAUGUGCUGACCACGUGCAGCAGAGAUACCAGUGAUGGUGGCGUGAAGGAGGAGGAGCAGGAGGUUCACGACUACAGAGUCAAGUGUUUAAACAACCUGGCCACCACUCAGCUCAAGCUGGAGCAGUACAAUGAGGCCCUCAGCACCAGCCGAGACGUUCUGGCCCUUGAUUCCAACAACGUCAAGGCCCUCUUCCGAGCUGGAAAGAUUCUGUCCGACAUGAGAGAAUACAAAGAAGCAAUGGUGCUGCUCAAGAAGGCCUUGAAACUGGAACCCACCACCAAGGCUUUCCAUGCCGAGUUGUCCAAGUUGGUGCAGAGGCAGUCAGGAGGGAAAGCCACACGGGAAUGGAAAGCCAAACCUGCACAGGUCCUUGGAGACACCAUUGCACCUUUUGUAAUUCCAUCCAAGAAGCAAACAUCAGGAAUCUCCUGGAAGGUUAUACUUGGAGCGCUGGUGGUGGCGUUGGCCAGCUUAGUGACCUCACUCAUCCUGACUGCAAGAAACUGAACACCAUCAUUCUCUUGCUAUUCUACUGUACUGUAUACUCUUACCAGUCACGGCAUUAGGUACACUCGCACUGUACGUACAUAUAUCAUGCUGUAGCUGGUAAAUACAGCGCUGAUCAAAAUCUUAACACCAGUUGAAAUAUUUAUCAGUAGCUCCACCGUUCUUCAAAAAUUGGUUUUCAAGGAGAAACAUUCCUCCAAGAGGUGAAGAUGGCUUCACCAAGAGCAUCAACUGUCUGGAAGUGAUGGCCAUUUUUAUAAACUUCCCUUGCCAUCCAUCCCCAAAUGUUCUCUAUGGGAUUUAAAUCAGGGGAACAUGCGGGAUGGUCCAAAAGAGUGAUGCUAUUCUCCCUGAAGAAGUCCUUUGUCACCUCGUACUUCGGUACGUGACAAAAAUUAAAAAAAAAACAAAACUAUAUUAGGAAAGCAGGAAGUGAACAAAUGUAACAGUUACUGAUUGUAAAAGUACCAGAUGGAGGGGUAGGAUUUAAUAAGCUUUGCUUCUUCCUACUCCUUUUGGACAUGUGGAACUGUGAACUGAUUAUGUGAUGCAUUCAAUUGUAAUCUGAUGCAUGUUCAAAUGAAAUAAAACCAUUACCAUUACCAUUAGUCAAGCCAGCAUUGUGAACUGCAGCAUUGUCCUGUUGAAAAACCCACAGAUGUAAGCACCUACCGUUUGACAACCCUUGAAUAAACCCUUUCCCUACCUUUCAGUUUUGUUGCGUUGGAGAUGAGGUCUUUGGAACCCUGAUUAAAACCCCAAUAAUGUGCAAAAUGCAUAUUCUAGUAACUGGUCUUAAGAUUUUGAUCAGGUCUGUAUAUGAAUGAAGUGGAUCAUCAUUCUACUCCACUUUUUGAGGUUUAUUAGAAAAAUGUACAAAAAGAAAAUGUGGGUAAAAAAUACUUACUAUCUCUGUUAUUAUAAGUUAUUACCUAAAGUGUAUAUAAAUGUGCUCAACAAGUGAAUGUGUUCGGACUGUAAUGUGAUAUUAUGUACACUGUGGAUGAAUUAAAUAGAUAAGAAAUAAUAGUUUUUUUAAACCUGUAUUUAUGAACACUUUGUUUGCUGUGUUUAUGGUACUGUUUUUAAAAAGGCUAUUAUUGGAACUAGAUUAAUUAUUUUCUUAUAGCAUAACAGCUUUUUCUCAUCUUACAACUUUAUUCUUGUCAUUUUAACACUUCAGAAAUAAUAUUCCUAGCUUACAUAUUGUUUCUCAUUUUUUCAUGACUUCAUUACAGUGAUAUUUCUCUCUCAAACGUCCCCCCACUUUUUUGUGGUAAUAAUAAAAUCUCAAACUAAAAAAAACAAAACAAAACAAAACUAGUAACUCCUAUAAUCUUAUUUUACACUUAUUUCUCACAACGAUAACAUUUUCUUUAAAAAUACUUUAUUCACAUAGCAUGGGAUUUUCUCAUAUCUAAUUUUCGUUUUUAUAAAAAUAUAUAUAUAAUUAGGUUCUCACGAUGAACAUUUUUAUCAUAAAUCCGCAAAAUACUUUUUGUUUUUUGUAGUUUUAUUAAAAAAUGUGUGUUAUUAAAAAAAAAAGUGCUGAACAAGAGAAUGUGUACUGAGGAGUCAUAAGAUAGCUUUAAAAAAAUAUUCAUUCUCUUGUACUUAAGAAAAAAAAAAUCACAUAUGCUGCUUUUAUGAUACUAAAAAGUACUAAUACAAUGGAUGUCCCAUAUUGGGUCUGUAAACUAUUAAACAUGAUUUGGAAUCUUUACAGAAAAGUAUAUUUACAAAGAAAUAAAUAUCCAGCAUUUCCCAGUAAUAAAAUCCUUCAUGCUGAUUGGAGUGUUUGAGGAAGUUCAGAGUUUAAAAAUGUCGUUCUAAAGGUGGCAGCAUCUGUCCAAACUUUUUUUUGCGUUUUCUGUAACCAGUUUGACCUGAGAGGGAGGCUGAUGAUGAACCGUUUUCACAUUCUUCUUCACUUCCCUGCAGCCGAACCAAACAAAGCAAGUCAACUUCGAGUAACAAAUACAACAUGACAAUGCACACGAGGCACCCUCUGACCUCGCU